UCUGGGGAGGAAACGGAGCUGCAAAGUCAGUGCUGCUCUGCUGUACAGGGGCGCAGGGGCAGACGCAGAGCCAAUCACCGGAACGCGCCGGGCUCCCUUUAAGCCUGACAUAUCUCCUCCAGGAACAAAUUGUCCCGACAAUCAACAUCGCAAAUCUGCCGUAGAGCGGAGGGCGUGCGGCGAUCGGGGGCGAGAUCGAGGAGAGGAGAGGAGAGGAGAGUGGGCAGGCCCAACGCGGAAGGAUUUGCUUCGGGGAAAUAAGAAGAUAUAAACGUCCUCUUUUUUUUUUGGGGGGGGGGGGGGGGAUUUUCUUCCGCGGACAUCAUGUCGAUUUUACCGUCUUUCGGCUUCACCCAGGAGCAAGUGGCGUGCGUGUGCGAGGUGCUGCAGCAGGGAGGCAACCUGGAGCGGCUCGGGCGCUUCCUGUGGUCUCUCCCCGCCUGCGACCACCUCCACAAGAACGAGAGCGUCCUGAAGGCCAAAGCGGUGGUGGCCUUCCACCGAGGCAACUUCCGGGAGCUCUACAAGAUCCUGGAGAGCCACCAGUUCUCCGCGCACAACCACCCCAAGCUGCAGCAGCUGUGGCUCAAGGCGCACUACGUGGAGGCGGAGAAGCUGCGCGGCCGGCCGCUCGGCGCCGUGGGGAAGUACCGGGUUAGGAGGAAAUUCCCAUUGCCGCGCACGAUAUGGGACGGCGAGGAGACCAGCUACUGCUUCAAGGAAAAGUCCCGGGGGGUGCUGCGGGAGUGGUACACGCACAACCCCUACCCGUCCCCGCGGGAGAAGAGGGAGCUGGCCGAGGCCACGGGACUGACCACCACGCAGGUCAGCAACUGGUUCAAAAACAGACGGCAGCGGGACAGAGCCGCGGAGGCCAAGGAAAGGGAGAACAGUGAAAACAACAACGCAGGCGGCAACAAACAGAACCAGCUGUCCCCGCUGGACGGAGGAAAGUCUCUCAUGUCCAGCUCGGAGGACGAAUUUUCCCCCCCUCAGAGCCCCGACCAGAACUCUGCGCUUUUGCUCCAGGGCAACAUGGUCCACCCGGGGGCCUCCGCGUACUCCAUGCCCGGCCUAGGGGCCCCGCAGCCGGUGCACGGCAUGCACGGACACCCGCACCAACUGCAGGACUCCUUGUUGGGACCCCUAACCUCCAGCCUUGUGGAUUUGGGCUCUUAAAGACGCUAUUUUAUUUGACGAAAAAAAAAAAAAAUAAUACAGAAGAGGACUGAUGAGUGUAUCAGAUUGAUGUAUGAAGUAACACUAUUGUAGCCUAUACCUAUAGAGACUGACUUGUCCGUCGUUAAAUUUGAUUGGAACGUAAAAUUCCUUUAUGCGCUUAAUCUGUAUAUCACCCCGACAGGUUUUUAUUAUCUCUUGCACAUUAAAACACACACACACACACGCACACACACACACGCACACGCAGACACGCGCGUGCGCACACGCAAGACCUAAAACCCUUAACGAAACACUUACGUGGACUGCCCAUUUUCUUAAUUUAUAUUGUGUUAAAAUAAUUCUCGUCAGGUCAAGCACUGAAAAUAAAGUACUUAAUUUGAUCUUCGUUUGCACAUGAUGAAAAUGUGGUAAAGCGACGUCAUUUCCCCCCUGUUUUCUCGAAAAUAAUCAAAUAACAUGUUAGUUUAACACAUUUUAAUCACGUGCAACCGAGUGACUUGUUCGAAUUAAGUAGAUCCAAUUCAAAUGACUUUUUUUCAGUGUGCCAUUCAUUUCAAAUAAAACUAAAAGUGAU